AUGGUAAGAUUUGGUGGCUGCCCCUCAUCUUGGAAGGCUCUGUAUGAGGAAACAUGGAGCAAGUUUAAGGAGCAAGGGUAUGGGGAUAAUGUGAUGCCACACAUUUUGCUUUGGGAUAUUAUGUACUUGGGGACAUGUAGGCCUCGCAUACAAGAACCUCAUCCAGGGGUGACACUGUUGAUUGGCCUCUCCGACACACUGAUUAAGUCUUUCUUGGACAAUGGUGGGGAAAUUCGCUCGUGCCAUCUGAUGAAAGCAACCAUUUCUGACAGAGAGUAUCAAAAUCUUGGUGUGGUCGACUGA